UGUCUUGAGUUAUGCGUUUAGUCUUUGCCCUGUGCGCACGCAUAGGGCGCAGUCGUGCCAGGGUCACUCGGAUUAUGCUCGGCAUAUCGUCUCUUUUAAAUAAACCGAGGAUUUUAACAGAGGCACGCAGACUUGAUAAUGAACUGGCAGUGGAGUGACAUAUAUUCCCAUCCGUUAUGGAUAGUUUCAGCGGCGAUCCUGGCCAUAAUUGUACGCGCGCAGCGGAAAGCAUCGUGGAACCCGCGCGCUUGUCCCGUUAAGUUAAAAGGGAAAACUGCGAUUGUGACUGGAGCUAACACGGGUAUUGGGAAAUUCAUUGCCCUGGACUUUGCUCGUCGUGGGGUGCGGGUGAUCCUGGCGUGCCGGAGUGAGGCUCGUGGGACUGCAGCACUACAAGAAAUCAGAGAAAGUACUGGGAACCAGAACGUACAUCUGCGUCUGCUUGACACCUCGUCGCUCGGCUCUGUGCGGAAGUUUGCAGCACGGAUCUUGGAGGAUGAGAAGGAAUUGCAUAUCCUGGUCAAUAACGCAGGGGCCUCAGGCCUACCGAGUAAGAUCACUGCAGAUGGGUUGGAAAUCACUUUUGCAACCAACCACGUUGGGCCGUUUCUGCUCACCAGUUUGCUUUUAGACCUUUUGAAGGAAUCAGCUCCAGCUCGUAUCGUAAAUGUUUCGUCUAUGAAUCACUGGAAAGGUGAGGUAAACUUUGACCAUUUCCGUGGUCACAAUCUAAAGCAUGUGAUGGAUGCUGCAUAUAACCACACCAAGCUGCACAACGUCAUCUGGACCAACGAGUUGGCACGCAGGCUUCAGGGCACAGUGUGCAGCGGAGUGCACAAGAGUUUGUCAUAG